AUGGCUUCCUUCGACUACGAUACGACGAGUAGCUCCUACUGGGGCAAAAUAGUUGCUAUUGGCUUGGUUUGGACACCGUCCGCGUACUUCUUCAAUUCAUGGGUCAAUAACCAGCCGCCUGGUACUUUUGUAAACAUCGCCUGGGUAAUCUUUUCAAUCCUACAGCAGUCCGCCGAAGACUGCCAUCUAUGUAACCUCCUCUGGCAUUCAUCAUUUGGUGCUCAGACGAUCCCAGCACCUGGAGCAUACUCGGAAGAGACCAUCACCCGGGAACUAGAUAGCACUACGCCGCUACUCUCCGUAGUUUCUAGCUCACGCAAUUCUCUUGACUGUGAACAAGGCGACGAAGCGAGGAACCUUUCAGUCCAAAUCUCGGCAACUCGAAAUUUUGGCCAAGAACAAUUACUUCAUGUCCGCCUAUACGAGAAAGGGUUUAGUCCAUUCCCGUGGCUGACGAUUGAAGACGACAGAUAUGUAUCUGAUAAACAUAGUUGCGAGAAGUCCAACAUGACAGGCUCUGAGGCCAGCUUUUUUUGGGCCCAAGAAAUGGUUGAGAAAUGCGAACGAGAGCACCAUUAUUGCCGUAACCACUUCAUUCGAUCAGACAGCCAGCGAUAUCUUCCUAAACGACUUAUUGAUGUCGGAGCGAGGGACAAGGGGGCCAUGCAGCUCGUUUUGAGUGACCAAAUCCGAUCAGACAACGAUGUCGUUGAGUAUGCUGCCCUGAGUCACUCCUGGGGUACGACGGUCAAGUCUGAGCUCAGGAACGACAACGAAGAAACGAUGAAGACGAUUUUAACAGAGACCCUGGAUUCAAACUUCAGAGACGCCGUUGACAUAACUUACAAAUUGGGGAUCAAAUAUUUAUGGAUCGACUCGCUCUACAUCAAACAACGCACCAAGGAAUGGGAAGAGGAGUCUGGAGAUAUGGGCCUCGUUUACGCCAGGGCAAAGGUGGUGAUAUCAGCGACAGCAUCUAAGAACUCACAGGGCGGCUGCUACAAACCCAAAGAUCUCUUUCCUUUCGACUGCGUCCUAUGUAGCAACUGGAACUCUUCACUCGUCGUUCGCACGUUGACUCCAUAUCCCGAUUUGGUCCAGCUCUUCCACGAUAAGGUAGAUCGUUCGUUCCUGGCUACGAGAGGUUGGACUUUUCAAGAAAGGUUCCUCGCUAGCAGGAUUGUGCACUUCUGCUCAGGACUGAUGAUGUUUGAGUGCAACACAUUGACUACCUCUGAGUGUCAUAGGGAAGAAGAAUAUCCCCUUAAUACCCAGUUUAGCCAGGAUGGUACUUUGAACGCACCAACAGUCUCCCAUCCAGGCCCUGAACCACCCAGACAGCUCUGCAAUACGACAAUCGUGAGACAUGCCGGGUCUUCUACAAGACCUAUCACACGCCCAGCCAAGAACACGGUUAAGAAAAGUUGGUCCGCAAACCCCAAGCAUCGAGCAUGGACCAGCAAGAAACAGCGCUAUGAUGCACAAGUAUCGUCUAUAAGGGCCAAUGCUGCUAGACUGAGUAUUCGGGGGGCUUUCAGCUUUCUUUGGUCGUUCAGGGGACAGAAUAUGCAGGAGAAGGCAGAAUUCCAUCUGCGGUGGUAUGAGAUGGUGACGAGCUACUCGGUUCGCAACCUGACGAAUGAUGGCGACAAAAUAAUGGCCAUUGCCGGCGUUGCCUACUUUGUCCAACAGAGCACGGGUUUCAAGUACGCCGCUGGCCUCUGGGACGAGACAUUACCCUUUAAUCUCCUC